UCAGGAAAGAUGCAUUCAUGGUCAGACUACUAGAUUGUGAUGUCAAAGAUCUUCAAUACCAAACCCUGACUGGGCUGCUGAGUCAGAGGCCCACAGAGAAUAGAACUGCCCAACGUAACAGUGAACAGGAAGCACAUUAGAGCCCUGUCUAGGGAGCUUACGAUGUUCUCUCAUUGUACAGAGCACAAUGAUGUAUAGGCUUAAGUCAUGCUGAUUGAGCAAUCAUCAACUGUCACCCCUGCAGAUGACUCUAGGAAAGCUAACCCUUGCCGCCGGCAACCACACCCUAGUCACAACGUUCAUCCUGCUGGGAUUCUCUGAUCACCCGGACAUCCAGGAGCUUCUCUUUGGAAUAUUCCUGUUCAUCUACAUCCUGACACUGGUGGGCAACCUGGGCAUGAUCUCACUCAUCUUUACAGACUCCCGGCUCCACAGCCCCAUGUAUUUUUUCCUCAGUAUUCUCUCUUUUCUCGAUAUUUGCUAUUCUUCUGUGGUCACACCCAAGCUCUUAGUCAACUUUCUGGCCUCUGACAAGUCCAUCUCUUUCAAGGGUUGUGUGGCCCAGCUGACAUUCUUUGUAGUGCAUGUGACAGCUGAAAGCUUCCUGCUGGCCUCCAUGGCCUAUGACCGCUUUGUGGCCAUCUGCCGCCCCCUCCAUUACAGUUCUACCAUGACCAAGAGGGUCUGUCUCCAGCUGGUGGCUGCUUGCUAUGCAUUUGGAGGAGCCAACUCUGCUAUCCAAACUGGAAAUGUCUUUGCCCUGCCUUUCUGCGGGCCCAACCAGGUGAUGCACUACUUCUGUGACAUCCCACCCCUUCUCCGCCUGGCCUGUACCAACACAGCCACAGCAGAGAUGGUCCUCUACAUGUUCUCUGCUCUCGUCACCCUUCUGCCUGCCAUAGUCAUCCUUAUCUCCUACAGCUUUGUACUGGUGGCGAUUGGGAAGAUGCGCUCAGCAGCUGGGAGGAAGAAGGCCUUCUCUACAUGUGCCUCCCACUUUCUGGCCAUUGCCAUCUUCUAUGGCACUGUGGUGUUUACCUAUGUCCAGCCCCAUGGAUCCACUGAUGACAGUAAUAGCCAAGUAGUGUCUGUCUUCUACACCAUCAUAAUCCCCAUGCUCAAUCCCUUCAUCUACAGCCUCCGCAACAAGGAGGUGAAGGCUGCCCUACAGAGAAAGCUCCAAGUCAGCAUCUUUCCCUGCUGAACCUUGUAAGACUGCCGAUUAAAAUGAAUAAGGCAGAACUGACACAGCAGCUUAGUAAGCUAAUCUUUUUCCUGCAGUGCCAGCAUCCCAUAUGAGCACUGGUUUGAAUCCUGGCUACCCCACUUUCAAUGCAGUUUCCUGUCUAAGGCCUAGGAAAGCAGUAGAGGAUGGUUCAAAU